AUGGUGGUGGCCUUGGACUCGUGGCGCGGGGACAGGGGAGGCUGGCAGGCCAGGCGACGAAGAAGGAUAAAGAAGGUUGGCAAGCUCGUCGAACAGAGCCAACAUGUCAGACCCAAACGGCGAACCUAUCGCACUGCAGCGGUGGUUAGACCUGGUGCUUGGUUAGCUGCUCAGCCCGAGGUGGCUGCUGCCACGUCGUGUCCGGACGGGGCCGUCGUCUCAGACCCCGAGCUGGGACGUGCAAGACUCCUGGAGGAGCAGAAGAUCUUGGGCGAUCAGGAGGCGGGCGUGAUGGACAUGCCGCAAGGAAAUCCCCAGGGGCGGGGGGAGCUGAAGAAUCGGGAACGAACAGCCGGGGGAGGCCAAGGGUGA